CUGCUCAGCAAGCACAAACUUGCAGACCAUCUCUGAGUCUGUGCUGUCACUGACACCUGCAGUCUGCCUGCCACUCGUCCACAGCCUGAGGUUCUGCAAGCCGUGUCUGGACUCCAAGAUGCUGGCUUGCACGGAGAUGAUCACUAUGUGCCUGCAGUCGGCCAAACAGAAGCACCUCCGGGCUCAGCAGCAGCAGCAGCAGCAGCCCCUGCACUGCACUGGGCAAGGACUUACUAUUUUUCAUGAUAUUUUCCGCAGAGCAGACAAGAACGAUGAUGGCAAGCUUUCAUUUGAAGAAUUCAAUGCCUACUUUGCGGACAGUAUCCUGACUACCGAGGAGCUACAGGAGCUUUUCUACUCCAUAGAUGGACGACAGAAUAACAAUCUGGACACCGACAAGUUAUCAGAUUAUUUUUCACAGCACCUGGGGGAGUAUCUCAAUGUCCUUGCAGCUCUUGAAGGCCUGAAUGUUGCCAUUUUAAAGGCAAUGGAUAAAACUAAAGAGGAGUACCAGGGCUCCAGUGUGCUGGGCCAGUUUGUCACCCGGUUCAUGCUGAGAGAGACGUCCAGUCAGCUGCUUUCCCUUCAGAGGUCACUGCAGUGUGCAAUGGAGGCUGUGGAGGAGCAGAGCAGCCCUGCACCGAGAGAGGAAAAGACGCAAGAGCUGACAGAGGUGCAGAGAAAUGGCAGGCGGUGUGAUGGCAGGGUCCAUAAUAGCCUGUGUAAUUCCUCACCAGAGCAUCCCUCCGAGAUUCUGAAUACAGGUGUGAACGUGAAAGACGGAGAGAAGUGGUGCUCUCAGAUCAACAGGCUGCAGGAGCUGCUGGACAAGCUGGAGUGUCAGAGUCCAAAGUUGGAGCCACUCAAAGAGGACACUUUGGCCAGCACAUACAAGUCUAACAUCUUGCUGGUUCAGAGGCAGAUGUCGGUGAUCGAUGAACAUGUGGAUAACUUCCAGAAAGUCCUGAAAAGCUACACUGAUGCCACCUCAGCCCACGAUGACAACCUGCAUGUGGCAGUUCAGAAGCUCCCAGGAAAGUCGUGUUACAUAAUGUAUGAGUUCUGGCAAGACCGUAUCUCCUGGAUGAGUUACCUGCAGUCUAACAGCAGCAAAGAUUUCCAGCGGUGCGUCAUCGACAUGUUGGAGGAUGCUGAAGUCGUGUCGACAAUGUUGCUCCCAGCUUCCUGGUGGAUUAUGACUAACAACUAACAACACAAACCACAACGUCUCAUCUUCUGCCCACAUCGCACGGACAAAGACACGCCAGCACCAUGUCCUGCCCGCCUACACACACACACACACACACACACACCCUGAAAAAAAGAAGAAUUCUAUAGAUGUGCAUGUGUUUGACGACAGCAUCCUGCAGAAUCUUUUCAUUUUUCCAUCUUUGCUCAUUUUUGCACCGCUGACAACACAAGGGGAGACUUGCAGUCUUCAACCAGUUGAUUAACUUGAAUGUGACUCAUUUUCUGCAAUGCAAAAUGCAAGUUGACAAUUUUUGUCUUUCACUUGUGCUAUGGUCUCAUCCUCCUCUCUUGGUUUGUCUGAGAACCCCCCCCCCCCAAAAAAAGAUGCCGGAAAAAGCUCCUUGAGAGCAAAACCAAGUGGAAUGACAAUUACCAUGCCAACAGCGUUUUGUGCUUUUGAUGACUUGUUUACUGUUGACUCAAGAAAAAUGAGAGAUGGAGUUGAGAUUCAAUGUUUGUGCAGCCUAACCGUGCAUGAUAAGAACUGUAUAUGCUGUAUAAUAAUGUUACACUCCUUUUUCUUGGUGGCAUGUGCACAGAAUGCCAAAACAAAACCGUCAUCUAUAUAUAUUGCAAGCUAUGGUAGUGGUCAGUUACUUGUAAUUGUUCCGUUUCCUCAGUCUGCAUUAUAAAUCUGUCCAUUUCAAAUGGAGCAAUAUUUAUUUAAAAAAAAAAAGCAUACAUAAGGAAGCAGAUUGUGAGGACGUUUUAUUAGAUUACUAAAUUAUUGAGAUUAAAAUAGAUUUAAAGUAUUAUGUAUUUUAUUUUCAUGUAUUUUUUUCCAUCUGUACAUAUGGAUUUACAUGUAUUAGAAAAUAUGUUGUGUUUAUGUUUGUGAAUGCAAAUCACAAAUUGUAAACAAACUGGAGCUUUAAUAAAAGCGUUAAAUCCCCUAAAA